AAUUAAUAAUGAAAAUAAACGCAGCGUAAAUUUACGAGAUUUCGCCAAAUUUCGGGCUGAUUCUUCUCCCUUUUCAACUCUCGCCUCUCUACCAUUAUGCUUCCUUACCUUUCUCCCAUCGUCUGCCUCCAAAAUCCUCUCUUUCUGCUUUCUCUGCUGCCGUCAUCAUCAUAUCAAUGAUUAGAUUGGGUGGUCAGGGCUCGAGAUUGUUGUAGUUGGUUUUAGCAAUUAUGACCAAUUCCUUGCGAAAACCUUGAUUUGGCAGGGCCACAUUUUUAGCCUAUUUCUUGUUUGGACUACUCAUAUGUGGCUCGGAGAUUGGCGGGUUUCUUAAUUCUCUGAUAAGACGAUCUCUUUGUAGAGCAUCCAGGAGUAAUUCUUCUGUGUACUUCUAUUCUUUCAACAGAAAAUGUUCUCAAGUAGUUGCCCGUUCAGAGAUUGAAGAGAAGUACUCUCUUUGUUGAUGUACUCUCAGUUAAAGAGUUUCCAAGGAAUUUGUUUCUUCAACAUUUGCCACCCGAUUUUGAUAUUCUUUAUACACAACACACCAGAUUUUGAUAGUUUUGCUCGUGAAGGAUGCAGAAUGGUGGAAUCGUCCAGUGCAGAAAAUGAUUGGCGUGCAGCUGGGUCACAGUUCAUUACGCACACCAUGGGAAGGGUUUUGGGAAAGUUGGGUUUGGAGUCGACACCAGUGAACGCUAAAGGCUAUGAAACUUUGAUAAAGUUGGUGGAAAAUGCAGCGGAGGAUAGCUUUGAUCUGUACUAUGGUUUGUACCAGCAGCUAGAGAGGUCAGAUUUGGGUUUUAAAUCUUUGAAGAAGCAGCUCUUUGGGCUGUUGCAUGAUGUUCUCCGGAAGCAACUGUUCGAGAAUGCAGAGAAGUCUCAGUUCUUCAGUGAGGAAACUUCUGUGUCGAAAGCUUCUCAAAAUGCUGCUGUGCUGGCAUCUUCUUUGGAGAUUCUUACAUUGUGUUUGGACCGGAAGAAGGAAAAUAAUGAGAGAAAAAUAUAAAAAUUAAUAAUGAUAAGAGAAACCUCUUGUGUUUGGACAGUGAAAGGAAAAAAUCAGAGGGAAAGUUACUCUAUACUCAAGUCAACCAAGCCUUUAUAUCAAAAAUUUGGGGUCGGCUAUAUGAAUUCACUUUCUCAACUCUAAAUAAUUUUGGGUUAAAUCCUUAGAAAUUUGUAAUGCUUCUAGGUCAUGUUAUACUACACUCCUCCAAGUCAAUUUAGGUCUA